GAGGAGGAGGCCACAUUUCCCUUAUUUUGCCGUAAAUUGGAGAGAAUUGAUUAUCUCGACGGGAGUUUCCGACACCAUUAAGAGAUGUCUCGGAGAAAGCUGGAGGACCUGCUGAGCAUCGAGGCAUCGGCACAGGCACUAUGGGACAAGGAAAAGAUCUUCGAGGAAGAUGCUCCGGCAGGAACCCCAGACGAGAAGUACCUGGUGACUUUCCCUUACCCGUAUAUGAACGGCCGACUGCAUUUGGGCCACACUUUCUCCCUCUCGAAGUGUGAGUUCGCAGUUGGCUAUCAGCGGAUGAAAGGAAAAAGGUGUCUCUUUCCUUUUGGGCUUCACUGUACUGGAAUGCCCAUAAAGGCGAGUUCUGACAAGCUGAAGAGGGAGGUCGAGGAUUUCGGAUGUCCGCCAAACUUUCCCGAGGAGGACGUCCAAGAGGAGGUCCAGGUCCAAGAAGUGACGAUCAAGGAUAAGUCCAAGGGAAAGAAGAGCAAAGCAGCUGCCAAGACCGGUGGGAUGAAGUACCAGUGGCAGAUCAUGCGAAGUCUGGGCAUCGAGGAUGAGGAAAUCAAGAAGUUCACUGACGAAGAUUAUUGGCUGAGCUACUUCCCACCACACUGCGUAGCAGAUCUGAAGCGCGUAGGUCUCCAUGUCGACUGGAGACGUUCCUUCAUCACCACAGCGCAACCCUACUAUGACUCCUUCGUCCGCUGGCAGUUCAUCCGCUUGAAGGAGAGGGGGAAGGUCCAGUUUGGAAAGAGAUACACAAUAUUCUCACCCAAGGAUGGCCAACCUUGCAUGGACCACGACCGGUCAACUGGCGAGGGAGUCGGACCUCAGGAGUACACCCUCAUCAAGAUGCAGGUCCAGGAGCUGAAGGGAAAGCUAGCGGCUCUUGCGUCCAAGAAGGUGUACUUGGUUGCAGCAACCCUCAGGCCAGAAACCAUGUAUGGGCAGACAAAUUGUUGGCUUGGGCCAGAUUUGACCUAUGUAGCUGUAGAGACCAAAGAUAAGGAGGUUCUGAUAUGUACAAGGCGGGCAGCUAGGAAUAUGGCUUUCCAGGGCAUGUUGAGUGUGGAAAAUGAGGUGAAAACCAUUCUGGAAAUGAAGGGUCAUGAGCUGAUGGGAAUCAAGCUCAGUGCUCCUCUCACCAGCUACAAAACCAUCUAUACCCUACCUAUGCUGACAGUGAAGGAGGAAAAAGGCACAGUUGUUACGUCUGUGCCAUCGGAUGCUCCAGAUGACUUUGCAGCUCUUAUGGACUUAAAGAACAAACCAGCUCUGCGUGAGAAGUACAACAUCACAGAAGAAAGGGUAAACGUAGAACCAGUUCCAAUCAUUGACGUUCCUGAGUAUGGAACACUAAGUGCACCAUCCAUCUGCCAAACAAUGGGAAUCAAGUCCCAGAAUGAUCGGGAUAAAUUGGUCGAACCAAAGGAAAAGGUGUAUCUGCGUGGCUUUUAUGAAGGCACCCUGUUGGUUGGGGACUUCAAGGGGAAGAAGGUACAAGAUGUGAAGAAGAACAUACAAGAUAUGUUGACUAAAAAGGAGGCCAUGAUCUACCAAGAACCAGAAAAGCAGAUCAUCUCUCGCUGGGAUGAAUGUGUUGUAGCACUGUGUGAUCAGUGGUACCACUAUGGUGAGCUAAAAUGGCGUGCUGAGGCUCAGAAAAACCUUGAUUCGAUGGAAACUUAUCAUGAUGAGGUACGGCGCAAUUUUGAAGCCACAUUGGGUUGGCUGAAAGGCCAUGCUUGUUCAAGGACAUAUGGACUGGGCACAAGGCUUCCCUGGGAUGAGACAUGGCUGAUUGAGUCUCUGUCGGACUCCACCAUAUACAUGGCUUACUAUACCGUUGCUCACAUACUUCAUAAAGACCUGUAUGGCAAGGCUGGUAAUGACUACGGGAUCAAGCCGGAGUACAUGACACCUGAAAUUUGGGAUUACAUAUUCCACCAGACGUGCAAGCCUCCACAGUCCCAUCAAGGAGAAGUUCUUGACAAAAUGAGACAUGAGUUUGGUUAUUGGUAUCCAGUAGACUUGAGAGUGUCGGGGAAGGAUCUGGUACCCAACCAUCUGACUUACUACCUCUACAACCACACAGCAAUGUGGCCAACGCAGCCCAACAACUGGCCCAAAGGAAUUCGAGCUAAUGGACAUUUGCUACUCAAUUCAGAGAAGAUGUCAAAGUCAACUGGAAAUUUCCUCACUUUGACUGAUGCCCUUGAUCGGUAUGGUGCUGAUGGAAUGAGACUGGCUCUUGCGAAUUCCGGAGAUUCCAUUGAAGAUGCCAAUUUCGAGACCCAGGUUGCAGAUUCUGGAGUCCUCAGGCUUUGGACAUUCGUAGAAUUGUCAAAGGAACUUAUGGCUGAGAAGAAUACAAUGCGUCUUGGUCCGUACACAGUUAACGAUAUCAUGUUCACGGCUGAAAUGAACUUGAAGAUUAGAGAAACUGAUGAUUUCUACAAGAACAUGAUGUUCAAGGAAGCCCUGAGAACUGGAUUCUUUGAGUACAGUAACUUCUUCCACCAGUAUCGUGAGCGUGCACAAGUUCAAACUGGGAUGCACUGGGAACUAGUUAAUCGCUAUCUUACAACCCAGGUGCAACUCCUAGCUCCAAUUUGCCCACACGUCUGUGAUCAUGUUUGGAUGAAUAUUCUUGGAAACAGUAAAUCUAUCCUACAUGCUCAGUGGCCUUCUUCAGAGGAACCUAACCUCACACUCGUCAAGGCAUCAGAGUACCUUGCUGAUGCCUCGCACAGGUUCCGUCUCCGCCUCAAAUCGCACAUGACUCCAGCAAAGGCCAAGAAGGGGGAGGCAGCUGCUGUUCCCGAGCAACCUUCCCAUGGCACCAUCUGGGUUGCAAAAACUUUCCCAAGUGGCAGAGCAUCAUCUUGACAACAAUGCAUGGUCUUUACAAAGCUAACGGAGACAAGUUGCCCGAUAACAAGGAAAUAUCAAAAGCUUUGGGAGCCAAUGCUGAGCUGAAGAAGUACAUGAAGAAGGCCAUGCCUUUCGCACAAGCAGCCCGAGAAAGAAUGA